CAACAAGUGACGUUACGAGCGUCAAGAAUGCGCGCGCGAGAAUGCUGAAAAAGCAGGGCUUUUAGCAACAUUAGCCAAACAAAUAAUGACGAAGACGCUGAUAUUUUAAAGCUAUUAUUAUUGUGAAUGUAUGUAUGCUUUCAACUGGAAUCAGGCAGCUUCUUCAAAAGCGGCAAUACCGACAUGUGCGCGGGCUGGCAGUAACAACUAUAACCUAAAGACGCAUAUUAACGAUUUUAAGCUAACUAGCGUUUAAACAAACUAGUUCCCCUGCGCUCUGCGGAGACUUGGGGAAACUGGAAGCAGUGCCUCUAGGCAAAGGAAGCAUUACCACUAAGAAGCAAGCCUCUCACCAACAGGUCCUACUAACCAUAAGGAAUUUAAACUUACCACAAAAACUCCUCGGAUGAGUGUUAGCUGAAGGCCUAGCCGGUCGUGCGGGUCAUGUGCUAACGUGGCUAAAAGUUAGCUCUUCGCGUUAACAGGACAUUGUUUUUGCCUUAACUUUUAGAGAUACCCCACUAAAAUGUUCGGUUCCUCGAGAUCUGGAGGUGUACGGGGAGGUCAGGACCAGUUCAACUGGAAUGAAGUGAAAGUCGACAAACACAGAGAAAACUAUCUCGGUAACUCGUUGAUGGCACCAGUGGGGCGAUGGCAAAAAGGCAAAGAUCUGACAUGGUAUGCAAAGGACAAAAAGGGUGGUGCACCUUUGUCCAGGGAGGAGGAACUUGCUGCUGUCAAGGCAGCAGAGGAAGAAGCGUUGAUGGCUGCACUUGCAGGGUCUCGGAGAAUGGUCCUGUCCCAAAAAGAAAAGGAGGUUGCUAAAAUGGGCUUGCCGGUUUUUACACACGUCAGGACUGAAGGUCAUACAGAAGCUUCAGCAGCAAAAACAAAUGAGAGUGCAGUAAAACAGGUGGAGGAACAGAGGCAUGACAGUAAUAAGAAAAACAAAGAAAAAAAGAACAAAAAGGAGAAAAAGAAAAAGGAAAAAAAGAAAAAACGAAAAAGGAGAGACUCAUCCUCCUCCGAUUCUGAGGACAACAGGAAGAGGCACAGAAAGGACCACCAUCAUCAUAAUCCAUCAUACGUUAGUCAGAGCGGAGCCAGACCCCAUGACAGCCACUCAAGGGGGGGAGCAAAGGCCGAGCAACAGCGCUCCAACCCCCAUCAUCGAAGGCAGCGGCACGACACAGACUCCUCUGAUGGAGGAUCUCCUGUCCCUCGCAACCCUGCCAGCCACAAGAAGGCCCCUGCUGGUGCUACACAAAGCCACAGGCGGCGCCAUGACACAGACUCGGACGACUAAUGUCGUGCCCACCCCCACCCCCGAUUCAAACAUGCAUAAUGUGGACAGAGUGCUCUACAGCAGUUUGACAGACCCUCAAGACCUUAUUUACUUGAACAGCCAAACAGACUGUGGAUGGACUCUAAUCAGUGUAACAGACUUUAGCCUCAGGUUUUAACUUCUUCAUUCAGAAGGUUGCUCAUGUGACACUGGUGUUUUGGUUUGACAGUUUUUGAUCACGUUGAGUUAUUUAAUCAUCAAAUAUCAAGUACUCUGUAUUGCUUUAAGCUUUGUAUUUUGGGUUUUUUAUCUUGGAUAAAUAUAGAAACUUUUUUUCCAAA